AUGUGCGCGCACUUGGCUCUGCCUCCCUACCAGGCUUACCCCAGCGGGACCGGCAUGGGGUACCUGGAGUUUUACUGGAACUCGGCGGGGGAGGCAGGGCAUGCUCCCACAUCGGCUGGGCCAGCGGGAGCAGCCAGUGCCAAGCAGUCUCCGGAGGCAGGAGGGAAGAGGCACACAGUAGAAAUAUCCCCGGCUUCAUCCAGUUCUGGGAAUUUCAGCCAACUCACACCAGAUUCAGCCACCAGUCCACAUUCGUCAUCCUUGUCCCCACAGCCUACAGCUAAGUCUCAGAAGGGCAGAGAAUGUGGCAUGGAGGGGAUAAGGAAGACCAAGAGCCGUACAGCUUUCUCCAAGGAGCAGCUGCAAACCCUGCACCAGCGGUUCCAGAGCCAGAAGUACCUCAGCCCCCAGCAGAUCCGGGAGCUGGCUGUCGCUCUGGGGCUCACCUACAAGCAGGUGAAAACUUGGUUCCAGAACCGGAGAAUGAAGCUGAAACGGUGCCAGAAGCAUAGCCUGUGGACUGAACGGGCUCAGUGCCUCACACAAAGUGGCUUCCAGACCAGUACUUACCUGGAUGUGCACCCCAAAUUCCACCAGGGCUAUCCAAUCACUGCAGCUGGCAACAUGCAAACCAUACCUGCCCCCUGUCAGCACUAUGGGGCAGGGCAGAAUGCUUACACAGUUGUGACCAGCGAGGAUGGAGGCGUCUUUGGCAAAGGCGGGGGUACCUGCAGUAUCCAGCAGACAGUGGGCUUCAUUGCCCAGCACAAAGUAGACUUUUACCACAGCUGUCCUGGCAGUGUGGAAUAUCCAGGCUCAAAGACAGGUGAUGGCUGUAAUUUUCACCACUCAGCCACUAUGGGGGCUCCUUUCCCAACCACUACUGGCCACCAUCUCUAUCAUUCCUAA